GUGUGUUCUGUAUGCCUUUGUACAUCCCUUAUGCCCUGACAGGGACGUGGCACUUGGGAAGAGGCCUGUGCAAGCUCUGGCUAGUUGCGGACUAUCUCCUGUGCACAACUUCAGUGUUCAGCAUCGUCCUUAUCAGCUACGACCGUUUCCUGUCAGUUACAAAAGCUGUAUCUUACAGAGCCCAGCAGGGAAUAACGUCCAACCCUGUCGUCAAGAUGGUGGCCAUCUGGGUCUUUGCUUUACUCCUCUACGGCCCAGCAAUCCUCUUCUGGGAGCACGUGGCUGGAUGCAGCGUGGUAGCAGCGGGUCAGUGCUACGCCGAGUUCUUCAGCAACUGGUACUUCCUCCUGUGUGCAUCCACCUUGGAGUUCUUUGUGCCGCUGCUCUCGGUGACCUACUUCAAUGUGCACAUCUUCCACAACAUCCAGAAGCACCAGCGGCAUGGCAGCACGCAGGACUGUGAGCCUCCAAGGAGAAGCAGCCUAUCCUGGAUGUUUUGCCUCUUGCCAAGGCCGGGAUCAUCUUCUCCUCCAUUGGAAGCAGAGGACAGCGUUUCAUCAUUAAUGAGGUCAUGGAGACCAGCAGCGACGCCUAACUGUCCAUCUCCAACACAAACCAGCUCCAUGGCCCUCAAAAAGGACUUUUCUGUUUCUUUCCGUUCAAGGACUGGGUCAAAAUUGCAGCGGGACAAGAGAAGAGCGAAGUCACUUGCCAUAAUUGUGUGUGUCUUUGGCAUUUGCUGGGCCCCAUACACUUUACUAAUGAUUAUUCGUGGAGCCUGCCAAGGAAAGUGCAUCCAUUACUCCUUGUAUGAAAUAACCUUUUGGCUUUUGUGGCUCAAUUCCUCUCUGAAUCCAUUUCUCUACCCUCUCUGUCAUGUUAAGUUUCGAAUGGCUUUCAUGAAAAUAUUAUGUCCCAAAAAGUUUGCAACAUUGAGAUCACGUAACACAUCUUCUUUUUAG